AUGGGACAGGGACGCGGGCAGGGCGAGCGAUGGGGCAGCCGGGCCGAGAUAGGCGGAGCGGAGGAGGAGCCGGUGGAAAGGCUGCUGGGGAAGCCGCGGGAAGCGGAGGCCAUCGACAUCGCCCUGGACGGGCUGCUCUAUCCCAAGAGCAGCGACGAGGAGGAGGACGAGGAGGAGGAGGAGGAAGAGGAGGCAGAGCCGCGGCAGCAGCCGGGGGAGGAGGAGGAGGAGCGGGACUCCCUCUCGUACCGGCCGGGGAGCGGCUCCCUCUCGGACAAGGACUGCCUGGACACCGUCCCGGACACCUUCCUGGCGCCCGCCGCCCAUGGGGGGGCGGCGGGCGGCGGCGGGCCCUUUGGCGCGGCGGCCCUCGCCGAGGGGCCGGGCCGCGGGGCCGCGCUGCUCCGCGGGAGAGCUCGGGCGCUCUUGCUCGGGAAGGGCGGCGGUGCCGCGGGUGAGGGGUUGGCGCUUCCAAGGGAAGGCGCCGAGGCAAAGGCGGGCGCAGUUUUACUCGGCGAAGCCCCGCCGGAGUUUCUUGAUUACAGAUUUCAAAAGGAAGUUUUUAGCAUAAACACAAUUUAUACAGGAAGGCCAGAUACAGAAACCAGCCAAAGCUCUCAGUACGGUUUUGAAUCGCUACCCCAGAAGAUUUGUCUCAUCUGCGGUGAUGAGGCUUCUGGUUGCCACUACGGAGUGCUUACCUGUGGAAGUUGUAAAGUCUUCUUUAAAAGGGCAAUGGAAGGGCAGCACAACUAUUUAUGUGCUGGAAGAAAUGACUGCAUAGUUGAUAAAAUUCGUAGGAAGAACUGUCCAGCAUGUCGCUUGAGGAAGUGCUGUCAAGCCGGUAUGGUCCUGGGAGGUCGAAAACUUAAAAAGUUUAACAAAAUUAAGGUUGUGAGAACAUUAGAUGUUGCACUCCAGCAGCCAGCAACCCUUCAAGAUGAAAGCCAAUCUCUAACCCAAAGGCUGUCCUUUUCUCCAAAUCAAGAAAUACAGUUUGUUCCCCCAAUGAUAAGCGUUCUACGAGGCAUUGAGCCAGAAGUUGUCUAUGCUGGUUAUGACAAUACAAAACCCGAAACACCAAGUUCCUUGCUGACCAGUCUAAAUCAUCUUUGUGAGAGGCAGCUUCUGUGUGUAGUCAAGUGGUCUAAAUUGCUACCAGGAUUUCGGAAUUUACACAUUGAUGAUCAGAUAACCCUCAUCCAGUAUUCCUGGAUGAGUCUAAUGGUUUUUGCAAUGGGAUGGAGAUCAUACAAACACGUCAGUGGUCAGAUGUUAUAUUUUGCACCAGAUCUGAUUCUAAAUGAACAGAGGAUGAAAGAAUCAUCGUUCUAUUCCCUGUGUCUAUCCAUGUGGCAACUCCCACAGGAAUUUGUCAGACUUCAAGUUAGCCAAGAAGAGUUCCUAUGUAUGAAAGCACUGUUACUUCUAAACACAAUUCCUUUGGAAGGUCUAAGAAGUCAAAGCCAGUUUGAUGAGAUGAGAACGAGUUACAUCAGAGAACUGGUGAAGGCAAUUGGUUUGCGCCAGAAAGGCGUUGUGGCCAACUCACAACGUUUCUAUCAACUUACAAAGCUGAUGGAUUCCAUGCAUGAUCUAGUGAAACAGCUCCAUCUCUUCUGUCUGAACACAUUUCUCCAGUCCCGUGCACUGAGUGUUGAAUUCCCCGAGAUGAUGUCAGAGGUGAUUGCAGCCCAGCUACCCAAGAUUCUGGCAGGGAUGGUGAAACCUCUUCUCUUUCACAAAAAGUGA